UUCAACAACUGCCGAAGAAAAAACUGGUAAACGGCUAGAAAAAAUGUGAAACAUUAUAAGUAAAUUUUAACCGCGUGCAAAGAAUUAACGAAGUAGAAGUAUCCGAUUAUUAAUGAAGUAGAAGUAUCCGGUGCUUUGUCGAUAAGAAAACUAUGUAAUAAUUGUGAAAUUAAAAAUAAAAGUUAAAAGUUGAAGGAAAGAAAACGUUUAGCAAUCAUUAUAAUAAUAUUAGUGAUGAUAAUUAUUACAUCAAGCACGUAUAAAAUUAAUUUUAUUUAUGUUGAAAAAAAAUUGUCCAGUUGUAGAGACACGAAGAAAAACAUUUAGAAAAAGCGUAAAAACAAGUUUCCAUUUGCAAUAAAGCAACAAAAGCCACAGUAACAACAGCAGUGAAAGAAAAACACAAAUCGAGUGAUAUUAUAUUUCUCUUUAUUUUUUCGGAGUCUGCAUAAGUAAAGAAUAAAAGUCGUACAAAUGCAUACAAAAGCAAAGUAGUUACUGGUUAAAAAAAAAGAAUAAAAAAAAAUUCAAAAUAAAUAGCAAAAAUGAAAAACAAUUAAAUAAAAGUGGAAACAAAACCUUAAAAAGUACGAAAUAUUUGCGUGUUUCGUUGAGCCUAAAAAGCUCUAGAUUAGUAGCAAUCUAACUGGGAUUAUUGCCGAAUUUGUUCUCUACACGCUUUGAAAAAAUGCUGUGCUCUUCACAAUAUUUUAUAACCUAAUCCUGUUAGCCGACUUAAUCUAAAUUUUACAAUUAUUAUUUGCAUAGUGAUUCCUACUAGCAGCAAAUUAUGUUUGGUCUUUUAAAUACCACACAAAUCUACGGCAUACAGCAACAAACACAACAACAACAACAUUCAUCUGAAUUAUAUCAACCCUCCAUCCUAUCAUUACCGGAUUCCAACAAAUCUCCUAUUGUCAGUUGUAAAUUAUUUUCUAGACACUCAACGACGAGUUUUUUAGAGAAAUUUCUUAAAUCGGAUUUUAGUGGCGCUUACGACACCAUUAAGAAUUAUAAACAUUUUCAUUAUAAUCAUUCAACGCCGGCAAAGAGGCAUUCAGAACCUUCGCAAGCGGACAGUAUUCUAACUUCCUUCAAUUGCUUGCAGGGUAGUUAUCGACACAGUUUUGAUAGUGAUAUCUACGAAAAUUAUAACUCAGAAUUGAAAACAUCUCACUAUAAGGGUGUUGCUGCACUUACCGCUGAUGAAAUGACUAUAAAGUGUUCAAAAAAUCUGUUGGCUGUUGAGCCUGAAGUUCAAGGACCUGCAACAUUGCAGAAUUAUCAGAAAAUACCGGAAGCUUAUCAUGAUGCAGCAGGUGACAUUUUAGUGCCAUCGAGUGGUGCCAGUUCGGGUGAAUUUAAUUGUAACAGUGAUGCAACCACCGCAUCAAGCAUGUCAUCCCUAUCGCAUAGCAGUAGCAAUAAUGCAAUGAGGAGCUCAAGUUCUGGUACUAAUAGUACUAACAGUUCCACUAAUCUCUACAAACGUUUAUCAUUUGGUGGACGUAAUAUUAACAAAUCGGAUAAGAAUACUGAUAAUGUUCAACGACAAGCAGAAGAUGUGACGUCUGACAAUUCUUCUUCGACCGCUUUAACUACAGCUACUUUAACCUCCCGUUCAUUUUUGACAAUUACGUCAUUAAAAUACAACGAUCUACAACGCAGAUCUUCCUCUUCUUCUUCCGGCGCUUAUUUGGCAAAGAGAGAUCGAAGAAAAGGUGCUAUGACUCCGCAACCUGAAAAAACACCAUCUGCUCAAGUACUCUCCACCACUUCUCCCUUAGCUUGUUCAUCCUCUACACAAUUCUCAACGGAAGAAAUAGAACGACGAAAAUUGAUGAUUAUGGUCUCCAGUUAUGAACAGCAAAAUAAAUUGUUGCAACGUGAACUAGCCAAAGAGAAGCGACGUCGUACCGAAGAGUUAGCACGAGUUUUAAAAUCACUACUUUGCUUCGAAUCGAAAUUGAAGGCGGAUAUAAAAUCCGCGAAUCAAAAAUUACUAGAAAAAGAUAAAAAAAUCUGUGCUUUAUUACGACAAAAUCAAAGUUUACGCAAGCAUUUCAUAAAAUUGCAGGAACUCGAAAACACUCGUGAUGAGGGAGUAGUUGAAGACGAUGUUGAACAAUCGAAUAUUGCUGAGGUUAUGAGCGAUGAACAAAAAAUGUUAGAAGACUACUUGGUACUGGAAGCUUUACAAUGCAUUAAUUGUAGGAAGCAAUUUUAUGACAUUGAAGUUACAGAAUGUGGAACACAAACUCAAGGAUCUCAGAAAGAGGGAGUCAAUAGAAGUAAUGAUGACCCCACCACAGAGCAAGGCUCGUCGAGUGAUGACACCGUCUCCUCGUCGUUCUUCGGAGCACGCCGUAGUGUUCGCUAUACAAGUAAACGUACGUCUGGUACAUUUCGUGACUAUAUGCGUUCUCGUAGUAUGGAUAUCGAUGACCCAGCUUUAAGGUGCGAUUUCAAUUCCGAGGAGUGCUUUAGUACCAUAAGCCACAACGAUUCAAAUGUAGGUUAUGAAAAAUUACCCCUGUAUUCACGCACCAUGGAGCGAUUACAUGGAGUAAGAAAUGAAAGCGAGCGCGAUUCCGAACACAGUGGAAUGGAGACUUCAACUACACGGUCGCUAUCGCGAGCCAGUUCAAAAAGUAUAUCGGCUAGUAGCAAAGCUAGCGAAUUAAGUAACCUUUUAGACAAUGACGACGGUAUAUUUUCGCCUACUCAGGAUGGUGACUUCGAGGAAGUAUUCGACGACGUUAAGAAGGGGAGUAUCAUAACUAGUAAUAGUAAUUUUUCAGAAGCUUCGCCGAAACAAAUCUACGAAACCUCAACGGAUGAUUGGUAUGCCAGUGCUUCCGAUCAAGACGAAAUUGCAGGCACCAUAGUUUCAAAAUCUUCUUAUAAUCAAGGUGCAAUAAACCCGGUGCUGGAGUGUGUUAAUCAGAUACUUUUGCAACAAUCCAUGGAAGGAAUAGAGGAGCAUCGUCAGACUAUUAAAGCUAAUGCAACACUGCCGAGGCGUAGUUCGCUAAGCGAUCGACACAAUUCUCGUUGCAAUAGUCAAAACAGUGAUGGAAAUCUGUCAAGCUCACGUAAUGGUAUGUUAACUCGAAAACGAGUACAUUUUUCCACCAAAAACAGUAUUUAUAUACCACGCAAUGACGAGUUAGACGAAAAAACUUACGCUGAAGACAUGAUCUCAAACUAUCAAGGUAUAGCUGAUUAUAUAGCACACUCCCCACCUUUAAGAGAGCAAGAUGAAGAGCAAGAACAAAAUAGUAAUAGCAACAAUACCAACGAACGCUUAGAUGCUUUAAAUUACGAAAGCAUCUACAGUAACGAAUAUGAGCCCAUAGGUUCUGAAGUUAAUUCUUCUAAUUUAUACGUGGACAUGGAGACAACGGUUAAAAGCUGUAGUUCCGAAGAUACUAUUGUUGAUAGAGAAAAUCUUAGAAACUGUCAAAAAUUGCCUCCUGCUUUACCUCCCAAGCCGGCCAAUCUUAUAAGAUUUAAAAAGUGUUUGCAGCAACUUGAUGAAUCCCCUGACGAAUUAAGUGAAACUCACGCUACCGUUGUUGAGCCCGAUUAUUGUUCUAUAUCGGAAGUGAAUGUUGGUAUAACCAGUGUUCAAAUUCGGGCUGACGUUCAUCGUGUUCCUCUAUCCGAUCAGGACAUAGAUAGUUUGACCGAAGUGGAUGUAGAAACUUCUACAGUAAUGUCGGAUAAUGCUUCACAAAAGACUGAAGAAAUUGAAGAGAUUUUCGCAGAUAUACCAAAGUUACCAAAUGUAGCGGCCAUUAUAGCGCCAAAAUCGGCCAUAACUGCGCUUAGCAAGCAAAACGAUUACUUAGUAAUGUCACCUAUGGUUAAGGAUCAUUUGAGCACUCCGCCAAAGCCAACAACAGCGAAGACGAACCUGAAACAAGAUAAAUUAAGUUUAAGUUCUACAAGUUUAGAUCAGACUGGAAUAAAAUCUCCAAUUACCUCUAACACUUUAAGCAUGGGACCCCAAUACAAACGGAAACAAAUACCUAACAUUUUGGCAGAAAUUAAUAAGCGUUUAAGUUUACCUAAUUUACACGCAACAUCAAAUUCCAACGUUAGCACUCCGAAUGGAGAUUUACUGAAAUCGAAAAUUUUAUUUUCAAAAACCGCCAACGAGGUAACUGAUUUACCUUUACAAGCGGAAUUCGAUUGGUAUAAUUUAGAUGCCGAAUAUGGUAAACCGGCGCAAAUGGAAUUAAUUAAAGUAAACGAAGCCAUUAAUCCUGUAAUAAUGCCUUCCUUAUUAGCGGAAAUUCAAGAAGACGGUGAAAGUGUUACAACUACUGCCGAUGAAUAUAAUCUGGAUGAAGAAUUCGGUCAAGAUCUGGAUCAAUAUGUAAAGACUGAAAACAUUAACGCCACCAGGCAAUCUAAUGAAAUCAUCAACGCUUCGAAAACGUUACUCACAAACACUAAGGCGAAAAAAAUCAAAAAGAACUUAGCAAACUUUGAAAAGUUUAUAGAAACAACUGGCCUAAUUUCGAAACCUUUAUCCACCAAGAAAAUUUAUUUUGCCGGACCUUUUGUGUGAUUACAUUCGUAACUCUAAUGAAAAAGUGUACAUAUAAAAUUGAAUAUUUUAGAAAUAGCAAAAUAAUUCAAAGAUCAAUUUUCAUGCUUAAUUUUUCUAUGA